AUGGCAUCUUCAGUCAAAUGGCUCAUUGGUCGUGGCACCGCAAGCAAAACGGAGGAAGAUACACCCAGACGACAGAGUGCUGAAUUUCGAGCGCUCCCGUCUUCAUGGUAUCGUUCACCAUCAUUGUAUGAGCUCGAGCGUCGCGCUAUUUUCUCCAAAAAAUGGUUGCUUAUCACGCACAAAAUGCGGUUCGCGAACCCUGGGGACUUCUUCCUUUUUCAACAGGCCGGAUUCUCCUUCAUCCUGUGCCUCAACCGCGAUGGAAACCUGAAUGGUUUCCAUAAUAUCUGUCGACAUCGCGCGUAUCCAGUGGUAACAGAAGUUGAGGGAAAUGCCAAAAUAUUCUCGUGCAAAUAUCAUGGCUGGUCAUACGGUCUUAACGGAAAAUUGGCAAAAGCGCCCAGAUUCGACAAACUGGCUGGUUUCAAUAAGGAGCAACAUGGGCUUCUCCCCGUGCAUGUGCACAUCGACAAAAUAGGGUUUGUAUGGGUCAAUCUUGAAGCAGCCCCAAGCCCCACUGUUUCCUGGGAGGAGGAUUUCGACGAAGUUGAUACACAAGAGCGAUUCGAUCGGUUUGACUUCACCCAGUACAAGUUCGACCAUACCUGGAAUAUGCAUGGAGAUUAUAACUGGAAGGCCCUGGCAGAUAACUACAACGAGUGCUACCAUUGCACAGUGGCGCAUCCAGAUGUUGCAAACGUGGCUGAUCUGUCAUUAUACUCCACGAUUUCCAAAGCUGGUCAUGUUCAGCAUUUCUACACACCCAAGGAAGGAAAAGAAGAUUCGGAUGUCAAAAAUUGCAGCACUUUUUAUUUUCCAAACUCUUGCAUGACGGUCUCGCCACAUUUCUUUUAUCUCAUGCGCUGUGUGCCAACUUCCGCAAGCUCGUGCUCAAUGGAAUAUGAAGUAUACCGGCAUGUAAAUGCAACAGACGAUGAGUUCGAGUAUGUUGAUAGCUUUUUCAAGCGCGUAUUGAAAGAAGACAAGGACCUAUGCGAGGGAGCACAACGAAACCUUAAUGCUGGUGUCUUCGUCAAUGGGCAGUUACAUCCAGAGCUUGAAAGUGGGCCACUUUAUAUUCAAAAGCUAGUACGAGACCUGUUAACGAGCCAUCAGGCGAGAGAAAAGCAGGAAAAGAAGGAAAUAUGGCCCGCCAGUCCCGAUGUGACCGGAUUUGGUGCUACUGAGGAGGACGUUGCUUUCUGCUCUGGUCUUGCAUGCGAGGAAGAGAGUUGCGCAGCUCUGAAGUGGUGA